AUGUCCAUUCCUUCGUCACAUUCACCAGCAAUAACAGCAUCCCAUAUCGCGGAUUCGCACGGUCUCACUGCCUCGUUAUCUGUCCCCGCGUCACCGCCAGUCACCGACUCCCAGUGUUGCGCAUUUCAUGGGACGUUUUCCGCCGCCGCUCGUUCUCAGCGAAACGAAAACCGUUUUGCAAACGCACACAGCCUUUCGUCUGGCCGCUCACGACCGUUCGAUUCGGGGACGCCACGCUGGAGAGUGCGAUUGACCGUCCGAUGCGGGGCGGCUGGAAAUGCAGGCCGUCACGCUGCCCCGUGUUCCGCCAGAGUUGCGGCGGAGGCCGCAAGCGCGCGGAGAUGGGGGAUAUGCGGAGGUGAAGGGGGAAGCAGAGGAGGAGGCGGAAGAGGCGGGGCAGGCGGGAUGCAGGCGCGGGCGGUGAGGUGCGCAGCGGUGGGGGGCGCAGUGGCGGAGGGCGCAGCGGCGGGGAGGGUGGCGGAGGAGACGGUGCUGGAGGUGCGGCGAGUGAGCUUCCAGCCACACGGGUCCGACAGCUGGCUGCUCACUGACGUGUCGCUCUCCCUUCCUAAGAACAGCUUGGGACUGAUUUUCGGGCGAAGUGGAGGCGGCAAGACCACUCUCCUGCAGCUGCUCUCAGGUCUCACCACUGCCACUCACGGCACCAUAGCCAUGCCGACAACUUCCCCUCCCUCCCUCUCUGCCUCCUCGCCCGCCUCCCUCUCACCCAAUCCGCCCGCCCUCACGCCUCUCUCCCGCGCUGAGCUCUCUGAGAGAGUCGGCAUUGUCUUUCAAUUCCCGGAACGUGAGUCGUCCCCUUUAGCCUUUCGCCCCCUAGGUGCUGCAUUUUCCCCUUGUCAUGCUUCUGCUGCUGCCCCCUUCUGUUGCCCCGCCCUCUCUGUUCUUUCUCCCUCACUACCCUUCCUCUCUUCCUCCACCCCACUUUUUCCACUCUAUCUGUCUCCUUCCUUCAUUACACUUGACCUCUCUCCCCCUUUCUCCCCAACUUCUUCCCCCUCUCGUUACCCCGGAAACUGCCCCCCUUUCCCUGCACUCCCCGCCCUUUCCCGCGCCCCCCCACUCCCCACCCAUUCUCCGCCUUUCCCCCUUCCCCAUAUCACCACAUCCUUCCCUCCCCCACCUCCCCAGCUACUUCCCGAUGGACAGUGUGUUGGCAGAGCUCACCUUCGGCUGGCCCUCGCGAGUGGAGGAUAUACCUCUCCGACAGGCUCAGGGUGGAACCCAGUACUCGUCCUCCCUCCCUGUGCCCCCACCCCUAUUAUCCCUCUCCCCCUCGUGCCCCCCUACCCUCCCGGUUUCAGCUACUUUCUGACGGACAGUGUGUUGGCAGAGCUCACCUUCGGCUGGCCCUCACGAGUGGAGGACAUUCCUCUCAGGCAGGCGCUGGCUGCGCGCGUGCAGGCAGCGCUCAUAGCGGUGAGGAGUGGUGCGGUGGAGUGGAGUGGUGAAGGGGGGAGUGGGGUGGGGUGUGGUGGGCCUAAUAGUAGUGGCACUCGAUACCAUCCCGCGUGCUCUGCUCUCAGCGGGGCCAACCAGCCCCACCUCGGCCUCGCCUCGAAACCUCUCUUGGUGCAACUAUUGAGAAUUCUCAAAAGUCGCACCAACCAGCCCCGCCUCAGCCUCGCCUCGAAACCCCUCUUUAAACCUGCAGCUCCAUCCCCACCUCUCGUCUUCUCCCGAUGCCAACCCACGUGCUCUCACCUCGUCCCACCAUCUGUCUCCUCCCCCACUCCCACUCCACUCCCACCCACAUCAAUGCAGGUGGGGCUAAUGGGAGUGGCCCUGGACACCAAUCCGCGUGCUCUCAGCGGGGGCAACCAGCGCCGCCUUGCCCUCGCUAUCCAACUCGUCAGUACUCCCUCCUCUCCUCUCCGUUUUUCCCCACACCUGAGUUCGGAUGCCGGAGCUGCUGCUGCUGGACGAACCUCUUGCGGGGCUCGACUGGAGGGCGAGGGCGGACGUGGUGAGGCUGCUGGCGGCACUUAA